GCCAGGAGGAAAAACAUUAGCCCUCAAUUCUCUUCACUUAUAGGAGAUUUCUUGUUUCUUUCCAGGACUGCAGCUGGCGACUCGCAGCCCGGCCGCAGGACGCACCGCACAGAGCUAGGACGCACGACUGAUAUGAUGGAUAGAUAGCAGGAAGAAGAGCAGGAAGAGAAGAUGACGUUCUUUGGCAUGGACUGUUUUAGGAAGAAAGAGAGAGAGCUGGAGAGGAAACUCCGCGCCAACGACCGCGAGUACAACCUCUCCUUUAAAUAUGCGACAAACGCCAUCAAGACCUCCAAGUACAACCCCUUCACCUUCCUACCUCUUAACCUGUUCGAGCAGUUCCAGAGGAUUGCUAAUGCCUACUUCCUGUUUCUGCUGGUGCUCCAGGUGAUUCCUCAGAUCUCCUCUCUGUCCUGGUUCACCACAGUCGUGCCUCUGGUUCUCGUGCUGACAGUCACCGCUGCCAAAGAUGCCACCGACGAUAUCAAUCGCCACAGGAGCGACAAUCAAGUCAACAACAGAAAAGUUCAAGUGCUGAUUGACAGAAAACUGCGGAGCGAGAAAUGGAUGGAUGUCCAGGUGGGAGACAUCAUCAGGCUGGAAAACAACCAGUUUGUCACCGCCGACCUCCUGUUGCUCUCCAGCAGUGAACCACUCAACUUGGUGUACAUUGAGACAGCAGAACUGGAUGGAGAGACUAACCUGAAGGUGAGACAGGCCCUGACUGUGACAGGAGACCUGGGAGAAGAUAGCGAAAAACUGGCAGACUUCAACGGCGAGGUACGCUGUGAACCCCCCAACAACCGCCUCGACCGCUUCACAGGAACGCUAACCUACGUCGGUCAGAAAUACCCGCUGGACAACGAGAAGAUCCUGCUGCGAGGCUGCACCCUGAGGAACACCGAGUGGUGCUUUGGACUCGUGCUGUUUGCAGGUCCAGAGACGAAGCUGAUGCAGAACUCUGGGAAAACUACGUUUAAGAGGACCAGUAUAGACCGACUGAUGAAUGUCCUAGUCCUUUGUAUUUUUGGUUUCCUGGCCUUCAUGUGCACCAUCCUUGCGAUAGGAAACUGCAUCUGGGAAAUGAACGAAGGCUCACAGUUCAUGGUCUUCCUGCCCAGACAAGACGGCAACAAUGCUGCCUUCUCCGCCUUCCUCACGUUCUGGUCCUACGUCAUCAUCCUCAACACCGUGGUGCCCAUCUCUCUCUAUGUUAGUGUGGAGAUCAUUCGGCUUGGGAACAGCUUCUACAUCGACUGGGACAGGAAAAUGUACUUUGCACGGUAUGACACCCCCGCCGAGGCCCGCACCACCACGCUAAACGAGGAGCUCGGCCAGAUCAAGUACAUCUUCAGUGACAAAACAGGGACACUCACCCAGAAUAUCAUGACUUUCAACAAGUGCUCCAUCAACGGCAAAUCUUAUGGGGAUGUUUAUGACUACACAGGUCAAAGACUAGAAAUUACUGAGCAAACAGAGACGGUGGACUUCUCCUUCAACCCGCUGGCUGACCCCCGCUUCAUGUUCCACGACCACGCCCUGGUGGAGGCGGUGAAGCUGGAGGACCCAGAGGUGCACGCCUUCUUCAGACUGUUGGCCCUCUGCCACACCGUCAUGGCCGAGGAGAAGAAAGAAGGUGAGCUUUUCUAUCAGGCCCAGUCUCCAGAUGAGGGAGCACUGGUAACAGCGGCCCGAAACUUUGGAUUUGUCUUCCGCUCGCGCACACCAGACAGCGUUUCCAUCAUGGAAAUGGGGGAACAGCGCAGCUAUGAACUCCUGGCCAUCUUGGAUUUCAACAAUGUCCGCAAGAGAAUGUCCGUCAUAGUUCGGAGUCCAGAAGGGAAGCUCUUUCUCUACUGUAAAGGUGCAGACACAAUCAUCUAUGAGAGGCUGCAUCAGUCCUGCAGCAAGCUGAUGGACGUCACUACAGAGCACCUUAAUGAGUUUGCAGGGGAGGGCCUGCGGACUCUGGCGCUGGCCUAUAAGAAUCUGGAUGAGGAGUAUUUCAACCAGUGGAAACAGCGCCACCAUGAGGCCAGCACCGAGCUUGACAACCAAGAGAGCAAACUGGACGAGCUGUACGAGGAGAUAGAGAAGGAUCUGCUGCUGCUUGGAGCAACAGCCAUAGAAGACAAGUUACAAGACGGAGUACCUCAGACUAUCGAGCAGUUGUCCAAAGCCAACAUCAAAAUCUGGGUUUUGACUGGUGACAAGCAAGAAACUGCAGAAAACAUUGGGUAUUCGUGCAACUUACUGCGGGAGGAGAUGAACGACGUCUUUAUCGUCUCGGGCAACUCAUCUGAGGAUGUCAGACAGGAACUCAGAAAUGCACGGACCUCCAUGAAACCAGUCGAGGAUUCAAUGUUUCUGCCAGAAAGGACUCUGGGUAAAGGUGUGAAAGUGAUCGCAGACGAGUUGGUAAAUGGAGAGUAUGGCCUGGUCAUCAACGGACACAGCCUGGCGUACGCCCUGGAGGGCAAUAUGGAGCUGGAGUUCCUGAGGACAGCGUGUAUGUGUAAAGCAGUGAUCUGCUGCCGGGUCACUCCUCUGCAGAAGGCUCAGGUGGUCGAGCUGGUCAAGAAGUACAAGCAGGCGGUCACACUGGCCAUAGGAGAUGGAGCCAACGACGUCAGCAUGAUCAAAGCGGCUCAUAUAGGCGUGGGCAUCUCAGGCCAGGAGGGCAUGCAGGCCGUUCUGUCCAGCGACUACUCCUUCGCCCAGUUCCGCUUCCUGCAGCGCCUCCUGCUGGUGCACGGCCGCUGGUCCUACCUGCGCAUGUGCAAGUUCCUGCGCUACUUCUUCUACAAGAACUUCACCUUCACAUUCGUCCACUUCUGGUACGGCUUCUUCUGCGGCUUCUCUGCACAGACGGUGUAUGAUGAGUGGUUCAUAACACUCUACAAUCUGGUGUACACAGCACUACCUGUACUGGGAAUGAGUCUGUUUGAUCAGGAUGUGAACGACGUGUGGAGUUUCCAGCAUCCUCAGCUCUACAUUCCCGGUCAACUCAACCUGUACUUCAGCAAGAAGGCCUUCUUCAAGUGUGCUCUCCACAGCUGCUACAGCUCCAUGGUGCUCUUCUUCAUCCCUUACGCAGCCAUGCACAACACCGUGAGGGACGACGGGAAGGACGUCGCCGACUACCAGUCCUUCGCUCUCCUCACCCAGACAUGUCUGCUGUUUGCCGUCACCAUCCAGUUAGGGUUGGAGAUGUCCUACUGGACAGCGGUGAACACUUUCUUCGUGUUGGGCAGCCUGGCCAUGUACUUUGCUGUCACGUUCACCAUGUACAGCAACGGCAUGUUUCUCAUGUUGCCGUCAGCCUUCCCUUUCAUAGGAACAGCCCGGAACUCUCUGAAUCAGCCCAACAUUUGGCUGACGAUCCUCCUCACCUCCAUCCUGUGUGUCCUUCCUGUGGUUACCUACCGCUUCCUGUUAAUUCAGCUCUGCCCCACCAUCAAUGACAAGGUGAUGUUCAAGGUGAGACAGGCCAAAGCAACACCGGCCCCCCCGCCUCUACGCACCCGCAUCCGCCGCACCAGCUCCCGUCGCUCAGGCUACGCCUUCUCGCACGCGCAGGGCUACGGGGACCUGGUGACUUCGGGACGGUUCUUGCGGCGUCCUGCUUUGUCGGCAUCUUCAGGUUUCGCCAACAUAGGUCGCACCACAACUGGGUUCAGUCCCAUGGGACGAUCGGCUGGAUACAGCCCGACAGGACGCCCCCAGAACGUCAAGGUCCCAGAUGUGGAGGUGAUGUCGCUGCAGAUGUACAGGACUAUCAGAGAUCCUGCCUUCUGACGGACAGCUGGUUAUCUUCAAGAUGGAAGAUCUGGGAGAAGGAAUAAUGCAAGCUAAACAGCUGGGUGCCCCUUGUGCUUUUAAGCUCCCAUUUGUUACCAUGAAGAACUUGGGCUUUCCAGAGAGAGAGAGUCAAGGAUCUUAAAGAAAAUCUGUCUAAUCACCUAAGACAAGGUUUGAAAAGUGCACGACUUUUGCUCCGAGCAUUUCAUUUUGUAAAAGUUUUAUCAAAGGGAACUACAGCAAAAUGUGUCGCCACUUCUGAUGGGUACAUGGAUCACUUUCCUCAGAUCAUGAGUAUUCAUGUAAAACAUGCCUCAUGCAGAGCUAACAGAUGUUUUCUGACACAAAAAACAGUAACAGGGUGAUUUUCCUGUCACUUUCAGACUGGAACAACCACAGAGGGGAAACAUUUUGGCUUCAUGAGAAGGACAAAGUGUCAUCAUGUUUACAGACUACCACGGUUUCCUUAACCCUGGGAGUCUAGAUGCACAGCAGGAUACAACCAGCAAAGCCAUUUUGCAUAAGAAUAUUUAAAUUUUGUACUUAUUAAGCUUUUUUAAAGCAUUUUAUUUUGCUAUCUCGAAAGCUGUUAGCCCUUUGGCAGCAUCACAUGGCAGCGGGGGAUAACUUAAUGUCUGGAAGAUCAUGAAUGUUUCAAAAAGUGCUCCCAACUAAUGUUCAUCUUCUCAGAGGAAGAGAAGUUAUGGCAAGCAUUGUUGGUCAAUCCAGCAUUUGUUGGAAAUGUUUCUUUUUACAGUAUGUAUUUUUCAUCACUUUAUGUGUACUGAAAGAAUUUCAUGCAACUUAAAUGAAUUUAGGAGAAGAAAACAGAUCAUUUUUGUGUAGCAGACACUAUUUUUGAUUUACAGCUAAACCACAGGGACAUUUAAAUUACAAUCUAAAGGACCACUGUGUAAUCGGACAUACUUUAUACUUAAAGGGUUUAUGAGUAAGACAUAAUUUUAUUAUUGGUUAGAAUAAAUAAAUACAUAAAAUAUAAUUGCUUUACAGAUAAGUAAAAAGCUAUUAAUAAGAACAAUGUUUGGACUGGACUGCCAGGUUGUAAAAAUGUAUAUAACUUUCUCUGUCUUUUCCGAUAACUCCUCAGUGCAGCUUGACAGGUUAUUCUGAAGUGAGAAACCUAAAAAGUCUUUAUUUAUAACAGCAGCUUUGAUGGCUAAUUAGGAGUCAUAAAGGUAAUUUCUUUACAGAUACAAUUAAUAGUAAGUAAUAAAUAAAACAGUUCUUAUACUUCAGUAAUCUGUCAAGUAUGGCGUUUAAUAAUUUAUUCUUAAGUACACUGCUAUUAAUAAUAUUAAAUUAUUUAUUAUAGUAGUUUAAAUGAAAUUUGUCGUCAAAAGAGAGA